AUGAAUGUAGGGAUCCCAUUGAAACUAUACUAUGAGUCAUUAGGCCACACGGUAACAGUCGAGAUGAAGACUGGAGAUACUGUUCGCGGUACUCUCGCCAAUGUUGAAGACAAUAUGAAUAUUCUGCUGGUGUCAACCACUUUCACCAGCAAGAGUGGUAAAGCCACCCCCCUAGAGUUGGUAUUCGUUCGAGGCAGCCAAAUUCGGUUCACUAUUUUCCCGGACAUGCUGCGGUAUGCGCCGAUGUUCAAGCUCGCAAAAGCCAAAGGACAGAAGGGUUUGGGCAUUGGUCAGCAGAGGCGUCAGAUGGUGAUGAAGGCGCACCAAGGCGGCAACUUGUUUUUGAAUAGUGGUCGAGGGCGAAUCUAG